AUGUCGCUCUACUCAAAGUUCUUGAAAGAUUUGUUAACCAAAAAGAGCAAGUACAUAGAUAGUGACACCAUUGUUGUGGAGAGAAACUGUAGUGCAGUGAUUCAACGGAUCCUUCCACCGAAGCACAAAGAUCCUGGAAGUGUUACUAUGCCAUGCUCUAUUGGUAAUGUGUCUGCUGGUAAGGCCCUCAUGGAUUCAGGAGCCAGUAUAAACCUGAUGCCACUCUUCGUGUGCUGGAGAAUUAGGGUGUUGGAGAUAAUGCCAACCAAGAUAACACUUCAAUUAGCAGAUCGUUCUGUUACCAGACCCUAUGGCAUUAUUGAAGAUGUUUUGGUUAGAGUGAAGCAUUUCACUUUCCUAGCUGACUUUGUAGUGAUGGACAUCAAAGAGGAUACUGAGAUCCCUUUGAUCUUGGGUCGUCCCUUCAUGCUGACCCUAGCUGUGUAG